AUGAUGCGGCCAGCAUGUAGUCCCAGGAGCCUGGCCUCACAGAUCUUGCCAUCAAUACGAAGACACUACGCCUCUCAUCCGCCCAAGGCAAGACUAAACAUUCCAACCGACUACGGCACAACUCCUCUCCUCCACCACACCUCCAAAGCCGCCCUCGCCAACCAGGAGCUCUCCCAAGAAGCACGAAAUGGGACCACAGACAGAAAGAACCUCUUCCAAGCCAUCAACUCCGCCCUCUCCCAUGCCCUCCGCUCUGACCCCCGCGUCCUCCUCUUUGGCGAGGAUGUAGCCUUCGGCGGCGUAUUUCGGUGCUCCAUGAACUUGGCCUCUGAGUUUGGCGACCACCGCGUAUUCAACACGCCUCUCAGCGAGCAAGGGAUUGUAGGAUUCGCCGUGGGAGCUGCCGUGGAAGGGAUGAGACCUAUCGCGGAGGUUCAAUUUGCGGAUUAUGUUUUCCCUGCGUUUGAUCAGAUCGUCAAUGAGGCGGCCAAGAUCCGGUAUCGUGCAGGAACGAAUGCUGAUGAACAGGCUUGCGGUGGAAUGGUGAUACGGAUGCCGAGUGGUGGCGUAGGCCACGGAGCCCUGUAUCAUUCUCAGUCGCCAGAGGCGCUGUUCACACACGUUCCAGGCAUGAGAGUCGUUGUUCCAAGAUCCCCCGUACAAGCGAAGGGACUGCUUCUCGCAGCCAUCGAAAGUCCAGACCCAGUCAUCUUCAUGGAACCCAAGAUCCUCUACCGAGCCGCCGUCGAGCACGUCCCAGCGGAAGCCUACACCCUCCCUCUCAGCAAAGCCGAAGUCCUGAAAGAAGGCAAAGACGUAACCAUCAUCUCCUACGGCACACCGCUAUACACCUGCCAAAACGCCCUGGCGGCGGCAGAGAAGGACCUGAAAUGUUCCGUGGAACUGAUCGAUCUCCGCACCGUCUACCCCUGGGACCGUCAAUCCGUCAUGGCCUCCGUCAACAAGACAGGCCGCUGCAUCGUCGUACACGAGAGCAUGGUCAACGCUGGCGUAGGCGCAGAAGUCGCAGCCACCGUUCAGGAAGGAUGUUUCCUACGACUGGAAGCCCCAGUGCAGCGUGUGGCGGGCUGGUCGACGCAUUCAGGACUGGCAUAUGAGAAGUUCCAGAUCCCGGAUGUCACGAGAAUAUAUGACGCUAUCAAGAACGUCCUGGAAUAUUGA